ACCUCGUUAAGUAUUUUUCCCUGAUCCGGAAAUACUAUCCAAGGAAGUACUCAUUUUGUAUUCUGUUUAUCGGGUGAACAUAAAAUGUAUUCUGCCAGGUUAUGCUGAAGAAAUGAAGGAUUAUUGUUUCAGUGUUAAAUGACUGACAGUCUUCUAUUCCAUCCUCUUGAAAUUGGGGGGGAAAAAAGACAGGAUGGACCCUACAUCUUCAGAAGCACAUGGGUGGUCUAUUCUCCAGAAACUAAAUGAACAGAAAUCGAUGGGCCUUUUUUGUGAUGUCUCCUUGAUGGUUGAGGGUAAAAUAUUUCUUGCCCAUAAAAAUGUUCUUUCAGCUUGUAGUGAGUAUUUCUAUGCAGCACUAAGCAGAAAUGAGCAGCAGCAGUUUUUAGUUCUAGACAAUGUUAGUUUGGAAGGUUUUAGUCAUCUUCUAGAUUUUAUAUACACCUACAAAAUCCCUACUUGUCAUGUACAAGACUUUAUGCAGGCUGCUCAGCUCUUGCAAGUUAGUCUUCCGCUCACAGUUCAAGUGGUCAGUGUACCCAGCAGUCCACGUAACAGUAGUCCAAAAGAAGAAAUCUGCAUCCCGGAUGAUGAUGAUUAUCGUAUGCCGACUCAGGAUUCAGAGUUGAGAGAUGCUGAGAGUCAACCAAAACGCGAGAGAAGCCGACAGGAUAACCUUCAAAGUAUUAGCAACAGUCUGUAUAAAGGGGAAAGAAGACGGUUGGAAACCAUGACACAGAUUAAAGACAAUGCAAAGGUACACAAAAGGCCAACAUUUUAUAAAGAAACAUAUGUGGUUCGAAAGCCUGGAUACUUAAUGAGGACUCAACUUUCAAAGAGUGGAAGGUUGGGGAGAGAAAGUCCUGUGGAUGACUGUAUAGAUAACUCCUUUAUUAACACAGGUUAUUCCAGACAGGUGCCUAUUACAAUUCACAAUGAUGGUUCUUCAGAAGAAGCAGAUGACGAAGCGGCAGAUAUUUGCAUUGAUUUAUGUGAUGAGCCUGAUACACCUGAUAGUUUAGAACCAGUGAAGAACUUGAGAUUACGUGGGGAGUCACUUAAACCUAAGAUCUUCUCUACUGUAGUUGGAUUGGAGAAUUCAAAUGUGAUGGAAAGAGUCAAUGGGAGUGAAAACCUUUCUGAAGUAGUCCACAAAUGUGAAAGAUGUGAACUACUACUGACUUAUCGAGAAUUCUUAAAUCACCAGGAUGAUCCAGGAGUAAAUAUUCUCCAGUGCAGUUUUUGUGAGCAACAGUUCAAUUACAGUUGUCAGCUGUCAUUGCACCAGUCAAGCCACCAUGACAAGAAGUUUUACCAAUGUGACCAAUGUGGGAAAGAACUAACUACACUGAAGAAGUUACAUGACCACAUUGCUUACCACUCUGAUGCCAGGCCUCACAAAUGCCAGCUUUGUGACAAGGCAUAUAAAGUAAAAAAUGAUCUCACUCAGCACAUUCGAACAAAGCACAUUGAGGCGUCAACAGGAAAGCCACCACUGCUCCAACUUUGUGAAUUUUGUGGCCAAGCCGUGAAGCAUUACAAGAGCCACAAAAUCUUUUGCAGUGGAGUGAAGAAAUUUAAGUGUGACUUUUGUGUACAGUCUUUCCAUCGGAUCUCUGAGUUAAAACGGCACACAUGGACACAUACCGGAGAACUUCCAUAUCGCUGUAAAAUCUGUGGGAAGGGAUGUAGACAUCCAAGUAACAUGAAGAAGCACAUUCGUACUGUUCACAAAGCAGAUAUGCGGGUGCAAAUCAACAGAGAGCAUGCAUCUCCAAGAUUCUUCAAGAACAGGAGGCCAGCAGCUAAGUUUUCAGGGCAUGUGCUCCCACAGGUUCUUCCUUCUAAUCACUCCUUGCCAGUUCCUGCCUCUACUGGGGAUCACAACAUCCAGACAGACUCCUCCGUAUCUCCAGUAUCACUUUCCUACAUCUCCAUCUUUACAGGUGAUGAAACUGCAACCAGUGAUUUUUCUCUGCGUGAUUCACAGAACACGUCCCCUCAGACUGCUAGGUCUUAGUAAUGGCAGCUUCAUCACUAUUGUUCCUGUUUUAUGUCUACUAAAAAUAUAGAUUUCUGAGGACAUUUUAUUCCAUUCAUUAUUACAGGGCAUUAUCCUUGUGGAUACUGUGGGAGGAAAUCUGGGACUUCUUGUCAAAGAAUAUGUUCACUGCUGAACAGCAUUUUAUAGUUUAUUUAUUGAUGGAAUCUAUAUGGUAAUCAUGUUAAUAUUGCAUUUCUUGCAGUAUCAAGUCUUACCUUGAGUCAUACUCCAGAGCUGUAUUCACAAUUCUGUAGUUGCAAAUAUUUAAGAUCAGGUAUGCAAUUUUCUGAGUUAGCAAAGUGCUUUACUGUAAGUAUUAGCAUAAAGAUGACAUUUCCUACAGUGCAAGCUUGGUGCAGACAUGGAAACUCAGAAUUACAGUAUAUACUGUACUUAGUUAUAUCUAGAGAUAAGCAAAUCGAUUAGUCUCAUCAUCAGGAGUUCUUCACCUGCUACUGAACAUGCUUCCUAUGCCACUUGAUUGACUCGCCUGGCCCUAAGAAUCUUGCAUCUGCGCCACUGCUUUGAAUAACAGCACAAGCGCAUAGACUCUGCUUCUGCUCCUGGAACAGCAGAAGCAGAGGAAAGAAACUUGGCAGUCAUGGGCGGAAGAGGGAGAGGCCACAAGUCUGAUCGGACUAGACUCCCCUUGCACCACUGGCGCACACUGCAAGGAUCACCUGGUCAGUACUGAUAAAGUACUGAAUGUUAGUCCAGAGGUGGCAGCCCGCUGGGAUCAGUGGGUCUGUCACUAUACCCUGCUGCCCUCAGUGUCUAUAAAAUGAAACACCCCCUUUGCAAUUUUUAUGUUUCGUUGUGUAACAUUUACUACAGUGAAUAUAAUAAGACUUUUUAACACCAAUCAACAGGAAUAGAUUCUUUAUUGUUGUAGUGAAACUAUAGUUGCAUCAAAAAUUAAGUGAACCCUUUGGAAUUAUCUGGAUUUCUGCAUUGAUCACUAAUAAAUAUAUCCUGGUUGUUAUCUAAGUCAACAUUUUAGACAAACACAAUCUAACUAAACUGAUAACACAAAAAUAGUACUGUUCAUAUCUCCUUGAUCACGUACCCAGUGCAGGUAGAAAAAGCAAACCCUUGAAUUUAAUAACCUCUAGACCCCCUUUAGCAGAAAUUAACUCCACCAAAUGUUUCCUAUAGCUACAAAUAAGAUUUGUACAACAUGGAGGAGUAAAUGUGUUCAUCAAUAUUUCUUGAAUACCUUGCAUACACUGCUCUCUUAAGGUCAUGCCAAAGC